AUGGUCUCUUGGGAGACGGCCACGCCAGACCUGCUAGUCGGUAAACAAGGCCACAAGGCCAAACAACAAGCCGGGCGCCAGGGCAAGGGCCUCUUCCCCUCAAGGCUCAAGCCGCACUGUGAUGAGAUGGGCCUAGCUGCAGAGAGUAUAGAGAGAGUAGGGAGACAAGGUUCUGGGUUGGCUGAGCUUGAACUUGGUGAUGCGUGGCACGGUGGCGUCGCGUCUAAACAACAACAACAACUUGGUAUGCCGGCCAUCUUAAAGUCACCCACCGCAGGACUUCGCAUCAUCAUUACUGUUAUUCUUCACCCACACCGCAGCAACAGCAAGACCUCACGGCUCCUGCGCCUACACUUCGGGAAGGCAUACCACGCGCGCCAUUACUUUGCGCUGCCACGAGUCCCUCCGCUUUCGUCUGAAGUCGUGCGCCCGCCGCCAAACCGCACCGUCGCCAGUAGAAUCUGCCACAGCAGGAAGCACUCUCUUCAUAGCACUGCGCCAGCUUCAAUGUCUUCUCAGCACCGAGAGCGCGUAGCCAAAAUGCCCCGCGCGACCACAACCAGCUAUGGACAGGUCAUCGAGUACAUCCAAGACCGACUCUACCUAGCAUCCUACACGCACACGCCAGAUGCGACCACGCCCUUCCCAUACCCCAAGCAGUGCCAAUCGCCCUCGAAGCGAUCAUCGCGGGCUCAAGUGGGUCCUACCGCUGCCGGGGCUAAGGCAAUUCCACCCGUCUACUUUAGUAUCGAUAAGACGCUCCUCUACAAUGCCUUCCAUGGCGAUUUUGGCCCACUUCACAUUGGCCAUCUUUACCGCUUCGCUGUGCAAUUGCAUGAGGUUCUCGGCGACCCUGCCAAUGAGGACAGGGCGGUCGUCUUUUGGAGCAAUGCCGAUUCAAGGAGUCGUGCCAACGCCGCUUGCAUUCUGGCCUGCUACAUGGUCCUCAUUCAGUCAUGGCCACCCCAUCUCGCUCUGGCACCCAUCGCUCAAAUGGACCCGCCAUGCAUGCCCUUCCGCGACGCCGGCUACAGCCAAGCCGAUUACGUCCUCAACAUCCAAGAUGUUAUCUAUGGCGUCUGGAAAGCCAAGGAAGAGGGCCUCUGCGGUUUGAAGGAUUUCAGCUUGGAAGAGUACGAGAAGUUUGAACGAGUAGACAUGGGCGACUUCAACUGGGUUACCCCUCAGUUUCUGGCUUUCGCUUCGCCACAACAGCAGCCUACCCACGAGAUCCCUCCAUCUUCGCCGUUGUACGCCACGCUUCCCUCAAACGUAGCAGAGAUUCAGCGAUCUGCACUACCCGGGCCUUUUAAGAAUGUCUUGUCUCAUUUUACGACACGGAAUAUCGGCCUGGUGGUGCGCCUGAACUCAGAGCUUUACUCUUCGUCAUACUUCACCAAGCUCGGCAUUCAACAUCUGAACAUGAUCUUCGACGAUGGCACAUGUCCCCCCAUGUCGCUGGUACGCAAGUUCAUCAACCUUGCGCACGAGAUGAUCACGGUACACAAGAAAGGCAUCGCUGUCCAUUGCAAGGCAGGACUUGGUCGCACAGGCUGCCUCAUUGGAGCCUACUUGAUCUACAAGCAUGGCUUCACCGCAAACGAGAUCAUCGCAUAUAUGCGCUUCAUGCGCCCGGGUAUGGUGGUUGGGCCCCAGCAGCACUGGCUCCACUUGAACCAGUCUACCUUCCGUGAGUGGUGGCACGAGGAUACUAUGAAGGCGAAGUACGCUCAGAUGAUGCCAUCCACGCCGACCAAAUCCCCGCAUAAGCAGCGUCUUGCAAGCAACGGCCAAACUUUCACACCACCAAACGGUUCGCAGAAGCGUGCUGCGCUGGGAGAGAUCGAGUCAAACGAGAGGAGCAACGGCGCUCAUUCACAUAUAGGUGUACAGGAGGAUAACCUCCCCGCUCCCACACCUGGUCAGCCGCGCAAGACUAGCAAGCUGUACGGCAAUACCACACGACAAUCACCACAGCGCAUCGAUGAGAAUGAGCCUCUUGCACGAUCACAUACUGAGGUUCGAGCUGAUAUUACGCGCUUUGAUGGCGAAUCGGACGAGGAAUUUCACCUGAGACAGGUCGCACGGAGAACCUCUUCACGGUCCCCAGCACGCUCUCCAGUAUUGAAAGACAAGCAGCGCCGCGCUUUCAGCACGACUUCCGUGAUCCAGACUUCCUCAGUCACGCAUACAUCGUUUGGCUUUGGUGAUGAAAGCGACCUUGAGAACACUGCCCCCGCCAGCGCUCGUCCCAAGACUCCGAAGGACAAGAGCGGCAGCGGCUUAAGCAUGGGCAAAAUCCGAUCCAGCCCUGCACGAAGAAGCACUGAUGGCAAGAGCGGCAUCAGAAAGACGAGCGGGCGAGUAGGAAGCGUCGGCAACACGAUCGGACGCACGAAGUCAUGA